AAAAAACAAGAAUCAUGGAAUCUCGUAAGAGAACAUCCCAUCUGAAUAAAUAAUUAUAGAAGAAGAGUUGAUGAAGAAGACAGACAUCAAACAGCGCUGCAAUUAUUUUCAACUUUACAUCAAAGCCCUGAGCUGUUCUUCUCAAAGACUAAGAACAAACCCCAGAUCACAAAAUCCCAGGAGAUCAGAUCUUGCUGUCUCGUAUCAUCAUCAUCAGAAGAAGAGAAUCUCUUAAAGUAUAUAUAUAUAUAUAUUAUUAAAUUAAGACCUUCAAAGCUUUUAGAUGGACGAUUUUCGGGAGAAGAGAAGACGGUGUACGAAGCUGAGAGUGAGUACUGAUAAUAACGACAUGGAGAAGAAGAUGCACAGAGAAAUCGAAAAACAAAGAAGACAAGAAAUGGCUUCUCUUUAUGCUUCUCUUCGUUCUCUUCUCCCUCUUCACUUCAUUCAGGGUAAGCGUUCGACGUCAGAUCAGGUGAACGAGGCGGUGAACUAUAUAAAGUAUCUACAGAAAAAGAUCAAGGAGCUGAGUUCUAGAAAAGAUGAGCUCGUGUUACUGUCUAGGGGAAGCUUCUUGGAUGAUUCUAAGGAUGAGAUGGAGAUGAUGAAUCAUGUGGUGGUUCGUCAGUGUUUGGUGGGAGUUGAAAUCGUGUUUAGCAGCCGCUGUUGUGGUGGCCAACCACGGCUUUCGAGUGUUCUUGAAGUGCUUUGUGAAAAUGGACUCUGCCUUCUUAACUCCAUAUCCUCCAUAGUGGAUGAUAGGCUGGUUUACACCAUACAUGCUGAGGUCAGCGAUAUGACCUUGAUUGACUUAGCAAAACUUGAAGAGAGAUUAAUCAGAAUGAAAUAAAUGGUUGUUGAAUUGGGUUUUAUUUUUGUAUAUGAUUGUUGAGUUGGUUUCUUUUAACUUGUCAAAGCAAACGACUUAUAUAAGUACUUAGUUUAUCUGUACUUGUAUUGUGUUGUGUACUUGUAUUGUGUUCACUUCACAUCUAUUUUGUAUGUAUCGGAUGUGUUUAGCUCGUUUCUAAAUGGAAAAAUCAUUUUUGGUAAGCGGAGAUAAUUAGUACUCCACUUAAUAGUUAUAUGAUGUGGUUCAAAUUGUA